CACGUUGUGUCAUUCGUCUCCGUAUUCCUCCUUGCAUUCGUUCGGUCGGUUCCAGCGCGAGGAAAAUUCUUCUGGGAACUUUGCACAAUUUGUGGAAAAUAACCGAUAAUCUCCCUUUUACACGGUACGGAAAGUGAUAUUGCCCUUUGCUGCCCAUUCCACCAUGGCGGAUUUAGAUGAUUUUUUCGCGAAGAAAGACAAAAAAAAGGGAAAGGCGAAAAAGUUUGUCACCGCUGAGGAGAUAGCCAAGCAGCUAGAUGACACGUCGAAGAAGGUCGUCGAAAGUAAGAUGAAGCUGAGACCAGUCGAUACGGCAGAUGGUAAAAAUGACUCUAACGAGCAGGAGGACGAAUGGAGAGUGGUCGAGGAGACGAAGAAGGAUUACAGUGGACUUAAACUGGCACAAUUAACAAUAGAUGAUGAUGCGAACCAGCUCGAUUCAGAGAAUGCUGGUGAUUUGAAUGAUCCAAACUAUGACGGCGAUGGCAGAGAUGGGGAAGAGCGAGAUCCUAGCAAACCCUGGAACAAAGUAGAUGGAAAUGCAGCGGCCAAAGAAAAGGUUGCUGCACCCGAGCCGGCAACCACAAGCAAUAUCUAUAUCAGUCCAGCUAUGAAAAAUCUCAUGGCAAAACAAAAACAGAAGAAAGGCAUUGCGCCGGAUCUGCAGAGCGAGGAGUACUUCCCCACACUAGGUCAGGAAAAACCGGCCGAACCGCCGAAACAACCGAAACCAGACCCUUCAUUCGAGGAGGUGAAGCACGGUGUGCGAGCGAAAACGGUCGAACAAUCCUCCACUAGCCAGAUCAGUAUCGGUAACCGGUACAACUCACUGAACAACGAUGCGAGCUAGGGGACAAAGUGCCGGACCGCUCAGUAUAUCGCUUUAAAUUCUUACACUACUCUUGCAUCAUGAUGCGCAUACUUCGUUCUCGUACUCUCUGUUAACUGCAUUUUUUUGCGGUGCCUUCGGUCAUUUCGUUUGUUUUUUCCUGCAGAUGCAUGUGCAGAUUCUUUUUUCUUAUCUCGCUACUUUGUUAAGUGCUCCCUGACCAGCCAAGGCACUCUCAUCGUUAUGCAUGCGCAAUGCGACAUACAUUGAAUGAUUUCGAUUUUCCUCAAAAUUCACAACAGCCGCGUUUUAUGGUGCGUUGGUUCUACCUUACCAAUCACCUUUACUGCCCAAGAUUGUAUAAAAAGCAACUAAAAAUAAAAUCAAAACUGAACCUCGAAA